CCCCUGUAACGAUUUCUAAAACCCUAACAUUUGCCUGCUAAGCGAAGAUAUUUUUUCCUCUUGUUUUAUUCGAUUUUUGUAGGUAAACAUGAUGAAAUUUAAAACCCCACAGAAAGGAAGAAUUAGAAGGGAGCUUGAAAAACGUGCUCCAAAACUGGUUGAAACUGGGAAGAAAACGUUGAUACUACAUGGUACAAAAACCAGCCAAGUAUUGAAUGAAGUGAUGACUGAAAUUUAUCACUUGAAGAGGGAUAAUUCUGUUAAAUAUACCCGAAAGAAUGAUAACAUUAGACCAUUUGAAAGUGGGGGCGAGACUUCUUUGGAGUUUUUCUCCCUUAAGACAGAUUGUAGUCUUUUUGUGUAUGGUUCUCACUCCAAGAAGCGCCCUAACAAUCUUGUUAUUGGGCGAACCUAUGAUCACCACAUUUACGAUCUUGUAGAGGUAGGAGUAGAAGAGUUCAAAAGCAUGAAGUCUUUCAAAUAUGAUAAGAAUUUGGCUCCUAAAAUUGGGUCAAAACCCUUUUUCACCUUUAUUGGAGAAGGAUUUGAGAGCAAUGAAGAGUUGAAACAUUUAAAAGAAGUUUUGCUCGAUCUAUUCCAUGGCGAGGUCGUGACCAACUUGAACCUUGCUGGAUUAGAUCGUGUAUAUGUAUGUGUAGCUGUGUCACCAAAUAGGGUUUUCUUCACACAUUGUGCACUCCGACUUAAAAAAUCCGGUACAAUAGUUCCAAAAAUAGAAUUAGUUGAGGUCGGACCUUCCAUGGACUUGGUAACUCGGCGACAUCGUCUCCCUGAUGACAGUCUAAGGAAAGAAGCUAUGAGAACUUCUCUUGAAAAAGCAAAGAAGAAGGAGAAAAAUGUUGUCAAAGAUGCUAUUCAAGGAAAACUCGGAAAGAUUUACAUUCCUGAUCAGAAGGUUGGAAGUGUGGCACUGCCUCACAAAGCUAAAGGAGUUAAAAGGGAGCGUCGAGAAGCUAAGUUGAAACAUGGAACGACAGAGGUGCCCGAGGAAAAGAAGCAGAAGUUGGAUUCUGAGUGAUUUUUAUUCGACCCUUCUGCAGCGCGAUGCUUUAGUUUCUUCUGCUGGGUCAAAUCAAUUUUGUUCUGCCUGCCUUUGCUUAUAUGCUUUAGGCACUACGCAUAUUUGGAUCUAACCUCAGUAAAUGAAUGAUCACGACAGGUUUUCGGAUCUACUGUGCUCAGAGCAGUCUAAUCCCAGCUUUCUGUGAACCGAGCUGGGUGAUUGUUGUUAAAAAUAUCAUCUGGGGAGCUUUCUGAUCUCAGAGCCAUGGUUGUCAUUGUUAUUUUGAUUUUUCUUAUGUUUGAUGAAAUCCAUUACGGGAAUUUUCCUUCGUUUGGUAUAUUUUUGAUGCAUGUUUCUAGUUAUUUGGAAACAUCAGUACUGGCAAAAUUAAUAUUUAGUUAUUUAGUUCUAUUUA